GCUGCAAACGACUAUACUUUAACUGCAAAUUUUGAAACCAGCUCACUACAGCGUCCUUCAAUGACCUCUUAUCAAAUCAGCUUGUUCCACACACUGAACUGAAGACAAAGACAUUUAUUAUUCUUCGCACCAAAGCAUCAAAGGACAUAUUACACGUACUUAAAUGCAAUAAUCGCAUUUCUCUAUCUUUCUGCAGUCACAGUCGUUGGCAGAUAACCAAUCGAGUGACAAGAUUAAAAUUGUAAUCCGAGUCAUACAAUCAUAUCUAACCAGUUUUGAGGCAGAAGGCACAAAGGGAGGCCUAUGCUCAGCAGUGGGCGAUUAAUGGCUGAAAUUAUGAUGAUGAACUUCUGCUGACGCGGACAAUGGAAUUGCAUCCAAUCAAAGAUAUCUAAUAUCCAUCGUUUGUCCAAUGUAUCCAAUGUCGAAAUUUGUACCAUACCCGGACAUUUUAACAAACUUUAAAAUAGUCUCUUUAAUGUAUGCGACCACAGUCGUAACAGCUUUACUUCUCUGCGCCUACCUUUACUCACCGUACGCUGCACAGACCAGAGAAAACACCAAAUAUAUCCUACUAUGGACUCCCGCAACCUCUUUCCCUUUACACUACUUACGGCACGGAUUCGAUGCGUUCAAGUCCAACGACUGUCAAUACAAGAACUGCUACGUUUCUCACGAUGCCAACGAUCUUAAACACUUGGAUCAGUUCCAUGCGAUCGUUUUCAACGGAAAAGAUAUUCCUGUUAUGAAACCUACAUCAUACCGGUGGCCAUGGCAUAGAUCACCUAGUCAAAAAUACGUUUAUGCGAACGUCGAGUCACCCCAGAACUACCCUAUGUGCGACACUCAUUUCAAUAACUUUUUCAAUUGGACGUGGACUUAUAAGCUAGAUUCUGAUUUGCGUUGGGGCUACUUCACAGUUCACGAUUUAAUGGGACACAUCGUCGGACCAAACAAAGAUAUGGAUUGGCAAGAAUCUGGUCCCAUAGACAACCACACCAAGACUCGUUUAUCCUCAAAAAGUGUAGCCGCUGCAUGGUUCAUUUCUAAUUGUAAAUCAAGGAGUCUGAGAGAAAAUUUUGUUAGUGAUUUAGGAAGAGAAUUAGAUCUGAAUGAUCUAUCUUUAGACGUAUACGGGUCAUGUGGUACAUACACAUGUGAUCGGGGAAACCCGGAAAAGUGUGGAAAAAUGUUGGAAAUUAAAUACUAUUUUUACUUCGCAUUUGAGAAUUCGAUAUAUCCAGAAUACGUGACGGAAAAAGUGCUGACGGCCCUAAACCAUUACACGGUGCCUGUUGUAUUCGGGGGUGCCAAUUAUUCCUGGUACUUGCCUCCAGGCAGCUACUUGAACGCACGCGAGCUGGGCGCCCCACGUCUUGCGGCGAGAAUGGCCGACAUCAUUGACAACCACAAGAAUGGCAACGGCAGCAUGUACCACGACUUCUUUAGAUGGCGAAACCACUACAGAUUCAAAGCAACAAUUGCGACAGAAUCUGUGUGCAGCAUGUGCAAACUCCUGAACGAUCCGGCAGCCAUCAUGGAAAACACUGUGUACAGCAACCUUCCAGAAUGGUGGCUUGGUCACGGGAUGACGUGUACAAAGCUCUGUGGCGCGGAGUAGGCUUCGCAGCC